GGUAACGAGAGAUUCUAGUUCUAGCCGUAUUGUCACUUUAUUAUCAGGUGACGUGUUGCCGAAUUCUGCUGAAUCACAGCAUUAAAUUAGACAUCAGACCAAAUCUAUUUAUCAUCUAAACGUCGUCAUGCCUAAAGGAGGGAAGAAGGGUGGACACAAGGGUCGUAUGAGAACCUACACAAGUCCUGAAGAGAUAGAUGCUCAGAUGAAGGCUGAGAAAGAAAGGAAAAAGAAUGAAGAGGAGGAAGAAGAAGGAGCAGCAGUGAAUGAUAAUCAGAAGGAUGACAAAUUUGCAGGAUCAGGUUCAGAGGACAGUGAUGAUGAAGGCUCUGGAAAAAGAAAAGGUGUGGAGGGAUUAAUCGAGAUUGAAAAUCCAAAUCGGAUUGCUCAGAAAGCCAAGAAAGUAACAGAGAUAGAACUUGAGGGAACCAAACAGCUUUCUAGAAGAGAAAGAGAGGAGAUCGAAAAGCAAAAGGCCAAAGAAAGAUACAUGAAGAUGCAUUUAGCAGGGAAGACGGAUCAAGCCAAAGCAGACUUAGCUCGGCUUGCGAUAAUUCGAAAGCAACGGGAAGAUGCUGCAAAGAAAAAAGAAGAGGAAAGGAAAGAGAAAGAAGCAGCACAGGCAGCAGUGGCAGCGGCAAAAAGACUUCAUACACUAUCCCUGAAAUGAUAGUCAGAAAUGUUUUAUUAACGAACUGCAGUGUACAAAUAUAUAUAGUCUAUUUUCAAAGACAGGCUUGAUUGUAAUUGAGUGUUAUGCUUUUUAAGGAGUUACAGUGCAACAUUUCAUUGAAAAAGGGAUAUUUAUGCAUUCUCAGUGCUAACCUUGAAAGUCUAUAAUUGAUGCUCAUGUGUAGGGUGAUUCCUGCAUUGUAGCUACAUGACAAAGCAUAGAUAGUUAUUUAAUGAUAAUAACUAAUAUUUAUUUCACACAAGUCCUUAAAAGUAAACCGAAUGCAAUGAAACAAAUGAGCCAAAAAAAAAAUUAUACUUCAUUUAAUUAUUGAGGAAAAAUGAUCCAGUUUUACAUAUCUGUAACUUGCAAAACUAUGUGAACUUUAUCUGUCGUGAGCCCUUGUGCAGUAAUAACAGUAAGUAAAGUGUCUGGUGACUUUUGAUCAGUCCUGCACAAUGUUUUAAGAGGAAAAUUAUGUCAUCCCUCUGUGCAGAACAGCUUCAACACUGAGAUUUUGAUGGGUGACCUCACAUGAACUGCUUGCUUCAGGUCCUUCCACAAUUUUUCUUUUGGAUUAAGCUCAGGAAUUUGACUUGGAUGUUCCAAAACAUUAUCUUUGUUACUUAUAUAUCAUUUUUUGGUAGACAGACUUGUGUAAUUCUGAAUACAGUGUUCGAUCAAUGAUGGCAAACUUACCUGGCCCAGAUGCAGUACUACAGGCCAAAAGCUUGAUACUGCCACCACAGUGUUUCACAGAAGGUAUACAGUUCUUAUGGCGGAAUUCAGUAUUUUGCUUUUUUUUUUUUAAAUAAGCCUUCUCAUUUCAAAGCAAAAAGUUUUAUUUUGGCCUCAUUCCUCCACAAAUUAUUUUUCCAACAGUCCUCGGGCUUGUCCAAGUGAACUUCAUGGGUAGCAAUGUUCCUAGUGGCUUUCCUAGGAGGUUCACAUACUUUUGCCUCUCACAGAUAUAUACUGUAUAAUAGUUUCCUGAAUAAAAAAAUGACCAAG